CGGAGGCGUGGAAAGUGCUUCCUGGAGAAUUGGCGAGGUCACGAAUCAUGUGACCGCGGCUUUUAGAGGAACCUUUGGAGCAGUUCCUGAAGUGACAGCUGGGAGAACCCGAACAGGUUCCGGAACAGAAAUCCAGGCGUGGAGAUUGAUCCUGCGGGAGAAAGGGGUUCAUCAUGGCGGAUGUGAGUGUCACCCUCACACAUGGUGGGGAGAUUGGAGGAGGCUACUGAGCGGGGAGAGGACCUAAAACGGUUCCUGUAUAAAAAAUUACCAAGUGUUGAAGGGCUCCAUGCUAUUGUUGUGUCAGAUAGAGAUGGUGUACCUGUUAUUAAAGUGGCCAAUGAUAAUGCUCCAGAGCAUGCUUUAAGACCUGGUUUCUUAUCUACUUUUGCCCUUGCAACAGACCAAGGGAGCAAACUUGGACUUUCAAAAAACAAAAGUAUUAUCUGUUACUAUAACACCUACCAGGUGGUUCAAUUUAAUCGUUUGCCUUUGGUGGUGAGUUUCAUAGCCAGCAGCAGUGCCAACACAGGACUAAUUGUCAGUCUAGAAAAGGAACUUGCUCCAUUAUUUGAAGAACUGAGACAAGUUGUGGAAGUUUCUUAAUCUGACGGUGGAUUCAACAUGCACCUUAUCUUCAUUAUACCAGACACAAUAUGAAUCCAGCAAUCUUUAUACCACAAUAAUACUUGUAUCCAUAGACUCAAGAAAGAGCUCCUUUUCCAUCUUACACUAAGAAAGAGCAUAUAGAUAUAAUUUCUGGACAGAUUGUUAUAUUUCCUUGUUUAGGGUCUUUUCUUAUUUAGAGAGAACUGGGACACUACAGAAAUGGUUCAAUAUAUCUCAGCUCCCAUGGAGUUAGUUCAGUCACCAAAUAUGAAUAAGAUUCUCUUCAGUGGAUCAGAAUCAAAGUGGUACAUCAGUCCACUUGAACCAUUACGUGUUCCCUGUUGUAUAAUACUCCCAGGCCUUCAGAGUGAAGCAGACCCUUUUUAUGUGAAUAAUACUGAGGACAUAUUUUUCUUCGUAUUUAAUUUUAUUUCUUUGCAUUGAAUGUAAGGAAGAUAACAUGGCUUAGCAAAAAGUAAUAAAAUCAGUACAAUCACUAACUUUCCUAUGUAUAUGUUAUUUCUCAAUAUAGAUGAAUAUUGCUAAUUAUUUGAUUCUUCUCAGAGGGUGCUGCUCUUUACCUAAAAUGCAAAUUAUAACUAAUGGGUUUUUUCCUCACUCUGCUGACUAUAACCAAUCAGUGUUUUAAUAUUUGCAUGUUCUUUAUAAAAUUUAGAUAUGAUUUGUUAUUGAACUCUGUUUCCAAUAUUGGUAUGUAUGUAAACAUGAUAAUACAACCAUUUUUUUCAUACAUAAGUAUAAAUAAAAUAGUAUUUUUAAGAGUAUAGUUUGAGUAGUAUAUAGGUCUUCUCUUUUUUGAGACUUUUCUUCCAAAAUUUUAAAGAACAUAGUUAAGUUAAUUCAGUCUUUAACCCACAUGAAUAAAUAAUGAGUGUUUCUUGUAGAUACGGUUUGAAGACUCUUACCUAGAAUAAAUUGUCAGUUGGAAAAUAAACCCCAUUCAUGAGCCUAAUUGAAUCUCCAGAAAAGAGGUAUCAUAGUUUUAGAAUAGGCCUUUUAUAUUUUGGAAUGUUAUCUAGGUUCUUUGACAAUCAGAGUUUGUCACUGGUACAGUUCAUUAUGCAUGUAUUGAGCACCUACUGUGUGUCGUGCACCAGAGCCCCAUACUGCGUGAUUCUAAUGGGCAUCAUUCACUUCAACCAGGGGUUGCCUUUAAGAUGAUAGAGAAUGGAGACACUUAAAUUGAGCCAGAACAACAGCCUUUACAAAGGAUUAGGUGCAAAGGACAAUAAUUUACCUGUAGGGAGCUAUAAAUAGUUACUUGUAUCUUAAUAGUGAAGCGUUAGACAUACCCAUUAAUAUCUAGCUAAAUAUUAAUUUCCAUUAUCAGGAUUAUCAUUUAAUAGUGUUCAGAAAUUUUUUGCCAACAUAGUGAUGCAUGAAACAAAAGUAAACUUUUUUAAAAAUGAAGCGCCCAAAUGUUUAUUUGCAAGUAGUAAUUGUAUACCCAGAAAAUCAAGGAAGGAGACUAAAAUAAAUGGGAAGACUUAACCUUUGCAUAGUAAAUACUGCUACUAUUAAAUUUUCUAUUUGGGAAGAGUGUAAUAGAUCACUUAUUCUGUGGUCACCUGGAAAAAUAAGCAGGUGAAAAUUGCUAAGAAAUUUUUGAAAAGGUAAUGUAAAACUAGAUUAGGUACACAGCUAGACAGAUCAGUGGCACAUACUAGCCCAGAAACAGACUUUAGUAUGUACAUAUGAGGACUUAGUAUGGUACAAAGAAGGCAUCAUAAGUCUGGGGAAAGGAUUAUUCCAUAAGUAACAGACACUUUUUAUGCCCUGAUAAUUGAAGUUUAAUUUGUUAAACCCUUUUGUAGAGCAAUUUGGCAAUCUCUAUAAACUUUGAAUUGCACAUAUCCUUUGGUGCAGCCAUUCCACUUCUAGAAAUGUUUCUUACUGAUGCAUAUGGACAUUUGCAGAGUUAUGUGUUUAUAAAUGUAUUCUUGUCAACUUUAUAAUAGCAAAGGAUUGGAAUUAAGCUAAAUAUCCAUCAUAAGUAAAAUGAGUAUAUAUUCUGGUUUUUCAGACAAUACUAGUUUAUACCUGCUGUUACAUGUGUAAUUAUUAAUAGUGCUUUCACUCUCAGGUGUCCCAAUUUAGAUGAGAGAUUGUAUCAUCACCCUUACAGGGGACUGCCUAAAGAAAUCACUACAUUUGCCCAAUGGUAAAAGAAUGAAGAAGUACUUUAGACAAUGCUGAUUAAAAAAAAAAAAAAAAAAACAAGUUUUGGAACAAUGUG